AACAAACAUGGCUGGCAAAAGCAGCAUGGAAAAGAGAAAAGCAAAAAAUUUGCUGGAUGGCAGUGAUUCAGACGAAGAUAUCUCGCUGAAAAUCAAUGAAAACUACGCGCAACGAUACGAAAAGUGGAGAGGAAAGGAAGAAAUUCAAAAAUUCACGGAUCGGUAUGGAGAAAAUGCAUUAAAGCUUGAUGCUCCCGAUGACGAAGACGAUUCUUCAUCCACGGAUGAGGAUGAGGACGCCAAGGAGCUCACGGUUGAUGUUGAAAAGCAAUUUUUCAAGACUCUAGCUUGCCUGAAGAAAAAAGAUCCACGCAUUUACGAUGCUAACACCAGAUUUUUCAUCAAGUCUGGAGAGGCAGGAGAAAGUAGUGAAAAGGGCAAGAAAGAGAAAAAGGAAAAGCCAAUGUUCCUGAGAGACUAUGAGAGGAAAAUGCUGCUUGAGACAGGUGGCCGGGGCCACAUUAGCAGUGACGAAGAAGAGGAUGAACCUGACCGCUCUGCAUCACCAACUUUUGUACAAGAGCAGCAAGAGAUAAGAGAGAGUUUCAAAGAUGCUCUGAGAGACUACGACGAAGACGAUGAUGGCAUUGCAGGUCUUUUCAAACCAAAGAAGAAGACUGACGCCGAAGAGGAAAAAGAAGAGGAAGAUUACAGACUAUGGCUCAAGGGACAGAAGGACGCAUUAGAAAACAAAGAGGAAGAGUCUGAGUUGGGGGCUUUGAAGUCAUACUGGACAAACCCAAAACUUGAGGAGGGAGAGGCUUUUCUAAGGGACUACAUUCUUAACAAAAGAUAUUUGGGUGCUGAGGAGUCUAAAAGAAAGAGACCUCUUGCCGAGAUGGCACAUGAUUCGGACGAAUCAUCUGGAGAUGAGGAAAUGGAGGAGAAAAUGGAGAUGUUUGAGCACAAGUACAACUUCCGAUUUGAAGAGCCCGACCAAGAGUUUCUAAAACGCUACCCUCGUACAAUGACUGGAUCUCUGCGAAACAAGGAUGAUCGAAGGAAACAGCACAGAGAGGAGCUGAAAGAACGAAAGCAAAGAGAAAAAGAGCAGAAACGGCAGGAGUUAAAGCAGCUGAAGGCCAUCAAGAGGAAAGAGAUCGAGGAGAGACUAAGCAAACUUAAGGAAGUUACUGGAAAUGCCGAUAUUCAAUUUGAGGGUAUGGACUUUGACGAAGAUUUUGAUCCAGAGAAGCAUGACAAGAAAAUGCAAAGUUUGUUCGAUGAAGAGUUCUAUCAUGCUGGGGGAGAAGAGGAAGAAAAGCCAGAGUUUCCUGAUUUGGACAAAGAGCUUGAACUUGAGAAUUGGGAUGAGUUUGACGGAGAUGAUGGAGAAGGACCUUCGAAUUCGGAGGUGCAUUGCGAAGAUCCUGAUUUCAAUAUGGACUGUGACUUUGACCCUAAAAAUAAGGCAUUCCAACAAGAAAUGCUUGAAAAUCAGACUGGGAGAAAGAAGAAGAAAAAGAGGUCAAAACUGGCGGAGCUCCUGGCUAAGAAGAAGCCGUCGUUUGAUCGUGAAAAGCAAGAAAUCGACAAAUACAUGGACGAAUACUACGGCCUGGAUUAUGAGGACAUUGUUGGAGACCAACCGUGCAGAUUCAAAUACAGAGAAGUUGUGCCGAAUUCUUUUGGGCUGACAAUAGAAGAGAUUUUGAUGGCUGAUGACAAGGAACUCAAUCGGUGGUGCUCGCUAAAGAAAACUUGCCAGUACAGAAAUGAAGAUAAAGAAUAUUACGAUGUCCAGGCAUACGGUAAAAAAGCCAACCUUGAAGAGCUUAAAAGAAAGAUUUUGCCCAGUCUGUUCAAAAAUGAGGUUGAAGAAGAGAAUGUUAUAGAUGAAAAGCCAAGGAAAAAGAAGAAAAAGAAAAAUAAAAAGAAGGCUGCAAAUGGAAUUCCGGAGCAAGAAGUUCAAGAGCCCCCUGAAAAUCCAGAUGUGCAAGAGAUGCUAGAGGAGCAGACUAUUCCCGAAUCCGAAUCACUUGUGAAAAAAUCCAAGUUGAAGAAAAAGAAAAGUGCUAAUGGAACCACGUUGCAAAAUGUUCCCUCUGAAAACCCCAAGGAAAUCCCAGAGCCAUUAAAGCAAAACAUUCCCAAAUCUAAUUCAAUUGUGAAGAAACCCAAGUUGAAGCGAAAGAAUGAGGGACGCCCACCAAGUGACGAGCCGAAAGCUAAAAGGCCCUUCAAGAGCAAGAAGAGAUUUUCAGAAUCUAAACCCAGCAGUGUGGAAGAUUUGUCAGAUGCUAGGCUUAAGGCUUAUGGAAUUAAUCCCAAGAAGUUUAAAAACAAAAUUAAAUAUAGCAAGAAGAACCAAUAAAACAUAUAUUUCAAUUUUAAAAAUGAA